ACCAUCCCCGACUAGCCGACUAAUGUUUAUGGAUCUAAAGAAGAUGAUACUUUCGCUUUAAAAACUCUCUCGGAAAUUCAGAUAACCCCGGAACAAAGUAGGGAAAUUCUUGCCUCUGAAAUCAUGAAAAGCUUGGGAGAUUUGUUGGAGCCUGAAUUGUCCGUUAUACGGGCGCAGCUGCUGAGCGAAUUCUCGCCCGACAAUGUGUGUCCACUUGGUGCUCAGUUGCCUAUGGAUGCUCAGCAUAGAGUAUAUAAAGCUGGAACAGGAGAGAAUAAGUCUAUUGAGGGAGCUUCAAUUUUGUCAAUAGAUGAUGAUGACGACGAAGAAGAGGACGAUACUUUUCUGGAACCAUUUGAAGGUCAAGUCAAGGAUAGUUCGGAGUUUUCUGGAGAAAUUCCAAGACUUGAGGGUGUCAAUCAACUCCUGGCAUCGUCGGAACUGGUCCUCGGGCAAAUCAACAGUACCGAUCCGUUCAAACAACUGAUCGACCCUCUUCCGAUGCCGUGUGCAACUGUGUACCAUAAUCAUUCCCCAUUCUUCUGUCUACCAGACUCGACUCCAUAUGAUAACUUUCUAAAUGCUGCUGGAUGUUGA